CACUCGCUCUCUACUGCAGCCAGACUUACAAGUGCACACAGCUACUUGACAAGUACUGACAACUUGUGGCAGUCAACCGUUGGUAAGGUCUGACACCCUCAUCAGCAGCAAGACUACGUCUGCUAUUGCCGCUCGUUGACGAUGACGACACUGAUGCCGCUUCUGUCUGUCACCGGCCUGGUGCUCCUCCUGCUGACCACAGCUCCCACCUCCUGCAACAGCUUGACACCGGGCAGCCAUCUUCCUCCCUUCUCUCGUGGCGACGUCAAAGAUGAAGAUAUGAGUGCUCCUGGUGUCGUCAUCGACAACGUAGUCGAUGUGAAGGCUGAAGAUUUCGUCGAGAAAGACAAGAAAGCAGAUGAACUCACAGAAAGCGCACUGAAAGACGAUGUUUUACAGACCUUGGAGACGACAGGACUAAAUGCAGACAACCAUGAUGGCCCCCCGCCGUUGCAAAGCGUUGAGCAAGGCACCAAGGUGACGUCAUCAAGACUCAGACGAGCUCCCAAGAAGACAGGCAGACAUCGCGCUUUCGACUGCUCCUUCGAGGAUAGGUUCAUCAGCCCCAAAGGCAAGACUCAAUGCUCCAAGCGUGGAACCCUCAUUGACGCCGAGCGUGACCUCCAAAAACUUCUUGCUGAAGGCCCUUCUGAAUACAAUUACACACUCACUACAACUAAAGCCGGGCUACCAGCAAUAAAAGCGGUACACCUUGAAACAAACAAGGUGACAAUGUACACGUAUGCGAAGUAACCCUAAAGUAUAUGAUUCAAGCUAUUCUGACCUGUCCUUCCAACAUAACUACCAACCUAACACAUCAGGUAAUUAGCGAUGUGGAGGACCUUUCAGGAGAUGAAGGGUUCAGGGAAUUGAUAUAUUCACGUGUUUCUUUUUGAAAGGAACAGUUGACAUCAACAUCAUAAAUGCGUUUGAUAUCAGGCACUCUAGUCCGGUCUGGCUCCAUUGGUAACCGCCUGUAGCUUCUUCUUGCAAUGUUUGUAGUUUCUACUUUUGUUAAAAAUGUUUCAAAUCACUUUCUUUAUUGGCUGUCACAUUCAAGUCUGAUGUCUUUAACUGUCAUAGAAAUUGUAAAUACUUGUUUAAUGAUGUUUACCACUACGGGCCUAACAUACGGAGACAGACUUGGUCAUAUGGACAGCUUUCAGGUACGAAAACAGAAAACUAUAUUAGAAACAGUCGUAAUCUCCAUUCUAAAGAAAAUUUUAUAAAUAUAAAAGCCUUUCAUAAAGCUU